GAAGCAAAUAAUGCAGAAACUAAAUUCUACCAUCUUGAGAAAGAAAAUCCCUUUUACCCUAUACUCAAACUCAACCAGGUGCCUCUACCACAGAAGCAACUUUUAUACAUUUCUUCCUAGAUCUCACUCAUCCCAGCCAUAUCGUCCUGUAAACAAGACCUUCACCAUUCACUCCUUCAGAAUGAGCUCCUCAGGUAAGGGUAAACAGCCCGGCGAGGGCUUCUCAGCUUCUAUCCCACAUGCGGAACGGACUGCAGAUGAACCUCGAGAAAAUGUAAGUUAUCCACAUUGGUGACAUCAUCUAUCCAUCACUUAUGAUCUGUGCAGAAGUGUCAUUCUUUAACUAUAUCAAGAAUUCAAGAUAUCAACGAUACCAUCCGAAUCUUCGAAUUGGAGGCAGCUACCCAGGAUGGCUCAACAGAUUUUGCAGUAUGUGCAUGCUCCGAUUAUCUUCUUGGAUUCACUUCUUUUUCAAGUCCUCUCUAACAUCAUUAUAACGGCGGAAAUUGCACAACAAAGUAUUUUGAAUGAGAAUUCCUCGUCACGGAAAUGCAUUUCCCAAUGAAUCACGUUUCUUCGAUCAUCACGUGCUUCACCUCCUCCCAUGCCUCCUCCAUAUCUCGCUCGCUUAGAAACUAACCCUGAAAGUUCCUCCCUGGUCAAUGGCUAGACGUUUUCACACCUCCAUACCCCGAACGUCCGGGCGGCUUCACAAUAACUUCACCACCCUCCGCUCUCCAUCCCCCACCAGAUUCCCCAAAGAAACCGUACCUCGAACUCGCAAUCCAAAAGUCGCCGUCAAAUCCCCCAGCAAGCUACCUCUUCCAAGAUACUCCCAAGCUUAUCGCAUCAGAAUUGCUCAUUCGAGUCGGAGGAUCUUUCAUCUAUCCGCCCUCUCCCAAACGACCUAUACGAAGGCUCGUUUUCGUCGCUGGCGGUGUAGGUGUUAACCCCCUGAUGAGCAUGUUAAGCCACAUCGCGUCACUUGUCAAAGCAGGAGAGGACCAAGAUUUUGAGAUAAGGUUCCUGUACACGGUUCGAUGUACACCAUCAGGGGAUUUAUCAAAGAUUCAAUUCUUGGAACGCAUUCAGAGGGAAAUUAAAAGUAUUGGUCCACGUGCAGAGUUGCAGCUAUAUCUUACGUCGGGAGAGAACCGCAAAAUUGGAGGUGGUGAGCUUGAGAGUACGAUGGGAGCAGAUGGGACGAAGCUGGAUAUCCAACGACGAAGGAUUAAUAAGGAUGAUUUACUCCAGGCUUUGGGGCCAGUAUCAGAAAGAAACGAGGUUGUGUGUGUUAUUUGUGGGGUACCGCGCAUGACGGAUGAGUUUAUUGAGAUUGUCAGAAAUGCGGAGGGAAUGAAAGAGACGAAUGUUUUGUUCGAGAAGUGGUGGUAAAAGGAUUGGUGAAACGUAAACUUUAGAAGAGAUAGCGUAUUUUGUUUACUGAUUUUAGAGUCAACCAACUAUACUAACACCCC